AUGAGAGAUCACAUCAGUGACAUAGCAUUGCACCCUCACAACCUCAUUGCGUUGUUGUUUUCUUCGCGAACGGUACAUGGAAACUUCCAAGGACGAAAAUGCCGAAUAAUAGACAAAAACCAAGGGACGAAUCCCCUGAAUUGGCAAGGAAAGGAAGAAGUGCCACGUAAAAUUCAGGAGCUACUGUUAGUAGAGGGAAAAAGCACUAGAAAAGAACACGACGAUGGAACUUUAGUUCCCACCUCUGACGUAACGUGCUCUAAUGAGCAGUUUCUGUCCUUUCGAACUUCGCUCGAGAGCGGCUUCACCACAAUGGGCAAAUCACUUACUAAAGCGAUUAAAGAUUGCUUUACUACUGUGGUAGAUAAAUUAAAUCCUCGAGACCAGGACGGAUACAACAUUGUCAUCAAAGAAGUAUUGAUCCAACCAGCAAUUCCAUUGUGGAACAAGCGUUACAGUUUCACACUUUUUAAGAAAGGUUUAGGUUUCAGUGCGCUGAACGCUGCAGAAACUGCACUUUCAUGCAUUAUUCAAGCAAAAACUACGGCAGGCUUAGAUAACUUUUUCAGGGACCAGGUAUUUGAAACGUUUGCUAAUCCAUCGGAAAGUAUGAAAAUCAGUAAUGAAACAUUUGGAAUCCUGUGUCUGUAGACUGACAUGACAAAGCAAAAUUGAAUACGGGUCAACUUCAGAGGUUAAAUGAUUCGAAGUAUAUGUUUGUGGAAAUAGAAUUCAAAAUGUUAGCUUUAUCAUUAUGGACUACUGUCUCAAAGAGCUGCAUAGCACCAUGUUAUUUUAAGUUAACUUUAACAAAAUGAGGAUUCGGAUUUGUUCUUUCGUAUUAUUAGAUCAAAAACGAUGUUGCGUGCUUAUGCAAUAGUACUUUAGGUGUUCUAUGUUAUUUUUCAGACCGAUCUCUUAACACUCGACAGCGGUAACCAUAAACAGAAAAUCAGAGAGUUUGAAACUAAAAUCCAGGUGAGAGGAAAAUAUCAAAAAUAACUAAAUUUCAGAGAGCUCACGCAGUCAUGCACGUUCAUGAUCUGAGUUGAUAAAGUCAAGUUACCUCCUUAACCUUUAAGCCCAAAUACACUCAUACAAACUAUUGUGAGUAACUAAUAGUCGUAGGUCGUGGGUACAAAGUCGUGGGUAAUGGGUAGCGAAGACCCACGAAACAAAAAGGAGAAGAGGUCCCUCAGGGAAGUGGGGUUACACCCCCAAGUUAGAAGGAGGCAUUUAUAGAAAAGUUAUAUUAGUAUGCCGAGUGGCAGAAGGAAAUAUUCUUGUACCGGCCUCUUAUUAUUAACAUGUAUCAUUAAAGAGCUCUGGAUGUGAAUCGAACUGACGACCCUCCGAGUUCUAAUUCGGAUGCUCUAACCACUGAUCUACUGGAGGCUUUAUGGCGAACAGCGUUGAAAUUUAAUUAUCAUUACACCAGUCAUACAGGACCCUUAUCGGGGAGUUGCUAGACAUUUUCACGGAGAAAAUGCAAGGGAAAUAUAUAACGAAAGAAAAGUCAAGUCAAGUCAAUUUUUGUUUAAACUCAUGGCACAGAAUAUUAAUUAAUACCGUACAAAUCAAUGCUUUUAAAUAUAAAAAUAAACGAUUGUGAAGAAAAAGAAAUUUUUCAAGUUUUAUUUCAUUGUGCACUGUACUUGAAAUCAGUGCAAAAUUCGCGAAAGUUGAGUCUCGUGAAAUAUAGUAAAAGUAAGCACGAUCAUUUCAAAACUUUUCGCUCCAUAUAAGGAAAUCCAAAACAGCCAUGGUUACUGAGUCAGUGGAACUUGGAUUCUCGGUUAGUGGGAUUCCAGAUUCCUUAAGCUGUAUUCCGGAUUCCUUGACAAGCAAAACUUUCUCAGAUUCCGAUUCCACAAGCAAAAUUUUCCCAGAUUCCAGAUUCCACAAGUAAAAAUUUCCCAGAUUCCGGAAUUGAGAAUCCCUUACAGUAGGCGAAACCUUUUUUUUUCUUUAUGGAAUGCAGGCCCUGACCAGCAGACUGAAUAGCGCCAAGGUGCACUGUGAUGAGAAGGGUACAGCUUGGGACCUAAAAUCAAAUGGUUACAUCAUGUUCUUAGACCUACAGAACGUUGAGUGUCCAAAUGGUUCUUUCUUGGCCAGAUUCCAACUUGUGAGGGAAGAAGACUAUCGCUCAGCCAGAGUUCGCUAUCUUUACCGUUGCUGCAAGUUUAUUCUGUAAGGGCGCGGGACAAACUUGUCCAGUCAACGUUGCCGUCAACUAAAUAAUAAUAAUAACAAUCUUUAUUGAGAUAACUUUUUCAUAUAAAAUAUGGUUUUAAAAAAGGAUCUCAUAAAAUGAUGUUUGUGUGGAAAAACGAAACCGUGGUUUUGCCCGCCCAAAAAGUGGCAGACUGUUAAGCUAAUUAGUGUAGGCAAUUAUGAGUUUAACUAAUUGCAGUUUAUAUGGCUGUACACUCUUUUUUGUAAGAAUGUUGUUUUUCCGUCCCAGGCUCAAUAUUCUUAUUUUUCUGUCGAUUUAAGGCUGAAACUGUUUCUUGCUAUUAUUCUUAAAUUUUAGCUUAUGACCUUUUCGUUCCAGAAUAUAUUGGGGUAUCAAUUAUAGUUAGUGCAGGUUUUUUUCGUUUUAUUGGCUAGUUUUGCUGUUUAGAUAAAGGAAUCAGUUAAAAAUAUAUAACUAUGUUGUACUUACAGAUUUUCAACGCACAAAACAAUAUCAUUUUCAAAAUCUCAGCCCGGGGUUUAUUCUUGAAAUAUUCUAAAAUUUUCGCAAAUUUCAGCCUCGAUAAUCUUAUGAAAAAAAUUCCGACCAAAAAAAGGAUUGUAUCAAAACAAUCUUGACUGCCUGUAAUUGGUGCAGCUUAGGUUCAAGCAAAGUGACAACUCUUUCUGUUAAACAUGGAUCUGUAGCUGGUUACAAUUAACACUAAAUAGCUGAAGAUUGCAUAGCAUAACAUAGCAAAACAUAGCAUCACAAUCACGGGAAAAAAACACACCCAGUAAUUCUGAUACCGAUCCAGCCUGAGGCCCGUUUCUCCAAAGUCCCGGUAACUUUUCGGGCCCGGAAAGCUGGUUUGAUGUUUACCAUG